AUACACCACCCUGCCACUGUCAUCCACCAUCAGAUGUCCCCCAUGGUCGUCGAACUCGAUAAUUCUGCCUACACUAACGGGCAUACCAACGGCAAGACCUCUUUGAAGAAGAUUCACCAAAAGGACGUCGAUGGCUUUGGCACUCGUGCCAUCCAUGUCGGCUCGGAGCCAGAUCCCUCCACUGGCGCGGUCAUCCCUGCCCUCUCUCUGAGCACGACGUACGCUCAGGACGGCGUCGGCAACCACAAGGGCUUUGAAUACUCCCGUUCUGGCAACCCAAACCGCAAUGCCCUUGAGAAGACCCUUGCAUCGUUGGAAUCCGGCGGAGCGCAUGCCCUUGCAUUCGCAUCUGGUUCUGCCACGACCGCCACUAUGAUCAGCGCUCUUGGCCCGAACUCGCACGUCGUUAGCGUGAAUGACGUCUACGGUGGUACAUAUCGCUACCUGUCUAAGGUAGCGCAAGCAAACCAGGGUGUCCAGACAACAUUCGUCGAUCUCGAAACCGCGAGCGAGGAAGCCAUCCGCGACGCUAUCCAGGAGAACACCAAGUUGAUCUGGAUUGAAUCACCGACUAACCCCACAUUGCGCCUGAUCGACAUCCCCCGUAUCACCUCCAUCGCUCGCUCACACCCGUCCAACCCCCUUGUUCUCGUCGAUAACACCUUCCUCUCACCGUUCUACUCCUCGCCCCUCCUCCUAGGCGCCGAUAUCGUCUUACACUCCCUCACCAAAUACGUCAACGGCCACUCCGACGUCGUAAUGGGUGCCCUCAUCCUCCCAGCGCAUCACACCGAACUCCAUUCCCGCCUCGCCUUCCUCCAAAACGCCAUUGGCGCCAUCCCCAGCCCACACGACUGCUGGCUCGCUCAGCGUGGCGCCAAGACUUUGCAUGUGCGCAUGAAGGAGCACGGAAGAAACGCACUGAUGGUGGCGAGAGCGUUGGAGAAGAGUCCGCUAGUGAAGGAAGUGAUCUACCCCGGACUCGUCUCACAUCCACGUAACGCCCUCGCUCGUUCUUCCCUCUCGCCGCACGCCUCUCGUUUCGUCGAAUCUUACCUCUCCUCCGAGAAGGCCUCGCUCGACUUGGACGGCGAGUCGGCAUACGACGGCUCAUUCCCGUACGGCGGCAUGAUCUCCUUCCGCAUCCUGGGCGGCCUCCGCGAAUCCCAACGUUUCCUCAAAGCUACGCGUCUCUUCACGCUCGCUGAAUCCCUCGGUGGCGUUGAGAGUCUUGCGGAGCUGCCCGCGCAGAUGACACACGGGUCUAUUCCCGAGGCGGACAGGACGAGGCUUGGGAUUGGUGAAGACUUGAUCAGGUUGAGUGUUGGGAUUGAGGAGGGUGAGGAUCUAGUCAGGGAUGUGCUGACUGCUUUAGAGAUCGCGUUGACGGACGAGGAGAUAUAAAGUUUGGUUGAGCAUCUUGUUGGGAAUGUGUUUUGAAGUAACUUAUUCGCUGUGAAUUGUUUUGCAUAAAGGAUUGUUUAGUGUAUAUACUGUACUCUUUGUAUCUCGACUACUAGCGGCUACUCUUCGUCCCCUGUAGAUUACCUUACUCGCCGC